AUGGGAAAUUGCUAUUACAACAUAGUGGCUACUGUGCUGUUGGUCAUGAAUUUCGAGAGGACAAGAUCAUUGCAGGAUUUCUGCAGUAACUGUUCAGCGGGUACUUUCUGUGGGAAAAACAAGCAUGAGCUUUGCACUCCUUGUCCUUCAAAUAGUUUCUCCAGCACAAGUGGACAAAAGGCCUGUGACGUAUGCAGGAAGUGUGAAGGUGUUUUCAGGACCAAGAAAGCGUGUUCCUCCACCAGCAAUGCAGAGUGUGAGUGUGUGCCGGGAUUCUACUGCCUGGGAGAAGGAUGUAACAUGUGUGAAGAGGACUGUAAACAAGGUCAAGAAUUAACAAAAGAGGGUUGUAAAGACUGUUCCUUUGGGACAUUUAAUGAUCGGGAACAUGGUGACUGUAAACCUUGGACAGACUGUUCUUUGGAUGGGAAGUCUGUCCUUGUGAAUGGGACGAAGGAAAGCGAUGUGGUAUGCGGACCGGCAUCAGCGGACUUCUCUCCAGGUGCAUCCUCCACCAUCACGCCUGCCCCUGGGGGAGAGCCAGGUCACACCACCGGGAUCAUUAUCUUCUUUCUUGCAUUGACGUCGACUGCAGUGCUGUUCUUGGCGUCCUUCGUGGUGCUCCGUUUCUCUGUGGUUAAACAGGGCAGAAAGAAGCUUCUGUAUAUAUUCAAACAACCAUUUAUGAGACCAGUACAAACAGCCCAAGAGGAAGAUGCCUGCAGUUGCCGGUUUCCAGAAGAAGAGGAAGGAGUGUGUGAACUGUGA